UCGCAGUAUAAUCUCCGCCAUGUACCUCAUUGUCUUUGUCUGCUUUUGCCUGUGCACACUGUCGGCCCUUUGUGUGCUGGCAAAGUAUGUUCCUGAUCUUCGUUCGUCCGUACUCGCUCAUGGGAAACUUCAAAGUGUAGCUGAUCGUCCCACUUCCUCGUUGAGUCGCGUGGUAGCUAGCUGGACCGUACCGAAAUCUUGGUUUACUCAUUUCUACAUCGUUGGGCUCGCUUUUGCCUUGAUCUGCUCCGCUGAAUUGACAGCUGCAACACUUAGGCGUAAGUACGGUCUCCUGCUAACAUUUCUCCGUCAUUGGGACAACCCUUACUGGGGAGACACAUUGUCCCUGACGGAAAGUUACUUGGGGACCACACUCAUGACAAUCCACUUGGCUCGACGCGUCUACGAAUCCUUCUAUAUUGAAAAGCUAUCUCCUACAGCCCGCAUGCAUGUCUCCCAUUAUUUAGUGGGUAUCGGUUUUUACGGUGCUAUGGUAUUCGGUACCUGGCUUGAAGGAGCUGUUUCUUUUGGCGUCUGGCCAGAAUCUAGCCCAGCUUUGCGUUCAUUUCAUUACAUUUAUGCAUUGAUAUCUGUCACGCUUUUCAUUUAUGCAUCGCUUCAUCAAUAUCGUUGCCAUGCCAUCUUGGCUUCUCUCAGGACCAAGAAGACGAAUACCACUUACAGUAUCCCUCGAGGCGAUUGGUUCGAACGGAUCGUAACGCCCCAUUAUUUCUGUGAUAUCUUGAUUUAUGCAUCCUUGUGCAUCUUGUAUCGCUUUCGCAAUCGAGUACUAUUAUGUGGUUUGAUAUGGACAACGCUGAAUCUCUCCGUCACAGCUAGUGAGACACAGAGAUGGUAUUGCCGUACAUUUGGUCCACUUUAUACCACCACAUUUCCAAGGAAACGGUGGAUUAUAAUACCUUGUGUUUACUAGUUCGCCUCCACGUUCUUUUGAUAUCUUCAUACUAAAGACGAUUAAUGAAGAAAGUAGAACAAUCCUAUAAAAUCUAUUUCCAUAUUCAUAUUGCUUUGCUGAGUACCCGGUUACCUUUUUUUCUGUGUUCGCUUCGCUUGAUCCGUCAUAAUGUGAACCACUUUUAUAAAAGCUAUUCUAGUUUAAGUCUACAUGCAAAUAAAUCUAG